CUUGCAACAUGUCUGACUUUGAGGAUUUCAGUAGGCAAGCAGGGCAGACUAAUGUCUCUGACAGCUACCAGCUGAAUCCCACCAGCGUGAUCGUGUCUGUGGUCUUCUCCCUCAUCUUCCUGCUGGGCACCAUCGGCAACAGUCUGGUGCUGGCUGUGCUGCUGCGGAGCGGGCAGCUGGGAUACAACACAACCAAUCUGUUCAUACUCAACCUGAGCGUGGCCGACUUCUUCUUCAUCAUCUUCUGCGUUCCUUUUCAAGCCACCAUCUACUCUCUGGAGGGCUGGGUGUUCGGAUCCUUCAUGUGCAAAGUGGUGCACUUCUUCAUCAACCUCACCAUGUACGCCAGCAGCUUCACACUCGCUGCUGUCUCUGUUGACAGGUAUCUGGCCAUUCGUUACCCGCUGCGCUCCAGAGAGCUGCGGACCCCGUGUAACGCAGUGGUUGCCAUGGUGAUCAUCUGGGGUCUUUCUCUGGUCUUCGCGGGUCCGUAUCUGAGCUACUACGACCUGAUCGAUUACGCCAACAGCACUGUGUGCAUCCCUGGCUGGGAGGAGCAGAACAGGAAGUUGCUGGACACGUGCACGUUCCUGGUCGGCUACGUCAUUCCCGUGCUCAUCGUGAGUCUCUCGUACACUCGGACCAUCAAGUACCUGUGGACGGCCGUGGACCCGCUGGACGGCAUGUCGGAAUCCAAGAGGGCCAAACGCAAAGUCACAAAAAUGAUCAUCAUCGUCACGGUGCUUUUCUGCAUCUGCUGGCUGCCGUACCACGUGGUGAUCCUGUGCUACCUGUACGGAGACUUCCCUUUCAACCAGACCACGUACGCCUUCAGGAUCCUCUCCCACUGCAUGGCCUACGCUAACUCCUGUGUCAACCCCAUCGUGUACGCUCUUGUGUCCAAGCACUUUCGCAAAGGCUUUAAGAAAGUGUUCAGCUGCAUCCUCAGUAAAAAAGGCAGAAACAAGGUCCACGUGGUUCACGUCGCCAACACCGUGCCCGGGUUUGAAGCCGGCUCCACGGAGGUGUCGCAGAUGAACGAGGAGCACGUGCGACAGAAUGAAUGUGAAAUGAUAAACAGGCCUCUCCCAGAGCCCAGAGAAGCCACGGUAACACUGAAUCUGCCCUUUCAGCGACAGACUUAACAAGUGAUUCAGCUUUCCUGACGGGCUGAAUACAGAUUGCCUUAUGUGAAAGACGUCGCAGCUGAUAUUCUCGAGAAAAAGUGCUAGCUUCUCAUCACGACAUUCACAGUUCUGGUAGCAAACAGAAGAUGAGAUUAAAAGAACAUAUUGUAUUAUUCUUAAAGGGGGCAUAUCGUGACUUUUUCAGUGACAACAAUGUGGUGAUCUGCAGUGCCUACCAACCCACAAACUGUGAAAUAGGACAACCCAGUCAGUAUUUUGGGGGCUCAAGAACCAUUCAGAAUAGGCUCCCCUUCCUGUGUCACAUUAGAAUGUAUCUACACGCCCAUUGCUUGAGAACUACUUUUGCUGUUUUUUACGUGUUAGUUUAACAUUAAGGCAUUUUAAUACAUGUUAAACCUCUGUGAGCAUGACAUGUCCCCUUUAAGUACUACCAAAAAUCUGUUUCUUUCAUCAUCUUUUGUACUUACCACUGUAGCAUGUCCCCCUAGAGCAGAUACAAACUCAUAAAAGUAUUUAUUAAAGUGGAAACUUCUCAGUAUUUCCUACUGCCUUAACCAUGGCCUGCUGCUGGGUGUUUCUGUCAGUAUGAGAAUCUUCAUUAUUCCAGCACUUUUAAGAGCAGUGCAGAAUGUGUCUCAUAAGGUUACAGUUAUGUUUCACCUUUUCAAAUGGUCCCAAAGAUUUUCAAAGCUUGGCGACUGUGAAGGAAAAUUAAUGUUAGCCAGCACCAUUUACUUUUGGUUUGACUUAAACGGGGUUUGAUGCGAGUUCAGGGUCAUUGACUAUGUUUACAUGCACAAAAUAUUCAGGUUUUGACCCUUAUUCUGAAAAUGAACUUUUUCUUACUUCCUACCACAUGAUUACACAGCUAACCAAAAUGAAUAUUCCCUAAUAUUAUCCGCACAACACAGGCUCCAUCUGUCAUCCCUGCAAUCAAGUUCUUCAAAUGGUCAGCUUUUUUUCAGCAUUUCCAAAAACCUAAUGACAUUAAAGUCUUUCUAAAUGUUCAGAACUAUGAAUCAUUCUCCUAAUGUUGGCAGAAAUUGGGGCUCUUCUUACUUUAAGCAUGCAUCUGCUGUUGUUUGUCCUUAAGUUCCAGAGUCCUAACCUGGAAAUAGCAUUGUACCACUUUCGGUUCCCUCGUCUCCAAGUCAAAGUUUUUUUUAAAUGUGUUUGUGGUUAGAAGCUUGACAUAGGGUCUUUGACACAAUCUGAAAAUAUGUUUUAAAUGUUGUUCUCAGACAUAAAAUACGUCAGUAAAUACUCAACUUGUGAAUGUUCAAAUCUUCUUAGUGUCUUGCAGUUACUGAAAAAGACUACAAAGCGUCAUCACUCCGACACAAAAGCGCCUUUAGCUUAGCAGUGGUGAUGUGCAGCCAGGUGACCAUAAUGCGGUAGACCUACAGUUAGCUUUUUACUUCUGGCAAUCGUAUUUACAUUUCAUAAAUUAUAAAUUAUAAAUAUGUGGAGAUUAUCCUGCUGAACAAAAUGUGAUAAUUAUCAUAAACAUGUGUUUGACACAGAGCUGUUUUUCUUCAAUAUUCGGAAAUCCAACCGUAAAAUCCCACUUUUUGUCAAGGGUUCCCUUUGCGUUGCUAACUUUGGGGUCGGCCUACAAAAGUACAAUACAAUACCCUAAGUGAGGCGCGUAUUUCAAAUCCACACAAAAAGGGUCUUAAAUGUGAAUAUUAUUGGGAUAUCCUACUUGAUCGGAAAAUGCUCGAUUGGAAUAAAGCUUUAAUCGAAAUACCCACAAGGAACCGCAUCACAUUUGGAAUAUUGUCAUAUAUCGUCAUAUUCUGAAUACUUGUGGAUGUAAACAUUGUCAAGUGUGAAGGAAUAGUAUUCCUCUGCAAAGUGGUGCUUCUCCCCACUGAUGUAAAGUGUACACGUUUUAUCUCUUAUGUGAUCUUUUCCUCACAUAAGCUCAGCUGCAACUGUAAUCUUCUGAAAGAUCUAAAGUCUGACUUUGACUAGUUUUGAAAGUGCUAGUCUUUUAUCAAGAUGUAUUUUGUCUAACUGGAGCUGAUGUUAUUUGGUUUUUGUUCAAUCUUGCAUGCAGAUGCUGUUCUGUAUAAGAUGUUACUGGUAUAUUUGAAUUAUAUAUGUUAAUACGUGCAAACAAGAUAUUCAGUUAUACUUCAAUCUGAGCAUUUAAAACACAUCUUAUUGGAAUGUAUACAAGAAGUUCAAAAAUCAGGUGUUGAAUACUUUUAGUAAAAAUAUUAAAUAUUUGAUAAGUAAUUAACCUCAGCAGAAUAACUUUUGGACCCUAAAAUGUACUUGUAUUUUGCAAUGAUUGUAUUCAUGGCAUGUUUCUCUUGUGUAAAGUAUAUUUAAAUGAACAUGUUUAUCAAUGAGUGUACUUUAACAUGUAACAGUUUUGUGUUUGAAAAUAUUUGUAUUUUGUGAAUAUAAAAGCUGUGAGAUGAUCAUCAUUUACAUGCUUUCAUCUCCUUAUGCCAGCAGAUCUGUGUUUUUCUCUCUCUGUGUUUUCCUGUAAGCUUGUGUCCUACCUCAGAGCAGUGAAAAUAAAAAUCUCUUGUCUUCUUGUUAUUUUCUGUUCAGAUGCAAUUUUUUUCUGAGGUUCUAAUUUCCGAGCAAAUCAUCCUCUUUUGCACUGACCUAUUUUCCUUGAGUUAGUUUUCUGUGAUUUUGGCUGUUGCAUCUUACAGAGCAUGUUUAUUUCUUUUUUAACUCAACACCCUGUAGAUUUUACUCAGAAAUAUAUAUUUAU